CAAAGCCUCUUGUGCUCUCGGCUGCAGCUGAAUAACAGCCGCACAGGCGGAAUGUGACUGCAGUCACGUUGAUUGCUUCACCUCGCGCUGGUCUCUCAGGUUUGCAUCUGUGGGGUGUCUCGCGGACUAAAACGGCCAUGACGUUCUUGAAACCUGUGAAAACCGAAGAACAAAUAUGGACAAAUUCUAUGCUCGAAGAUGAUCCUAAUGGAAAUUCAACAGUGGUUCGUGAAGAACAUGCUCAUCCUAGGUGGGGCCCGUAUCACAAAGGAGCUAAGGAACUUGCCAGUCUCUACAGCAGAGGCAAGCGCACUCAAGAAGUGAUUUGUGUGACUACCUGUAUACUUCUCAUGGUCAUCAACCUGGGGUUCUUCAUAAGGCACAUUCACUUGGAAUGCUGGAGAGGAAUCCUCAUAUCUGGAAUUUUGGGCAUUCUGUCAGCUGACUUUGGCAGUGGGAUGGUCCAUUGGGCUGCAGACACAUGGGGCUCAGUUGAACUUCCUAUACUUGGAAAGAACUUUAUUAGACCAUUUCGGGAGCACCACAUUGAUCCCACAUCCAUCACAAGACAUGACUUCAUUGAAACAAAUGGUGAUAACUUCAUGCUCUGCAUCCCAGCCCUGGCUUAUCUUUUGUAUGAGUUCUUGGUGCGAACAUCAAUCGAGAUACAAGAGGAGUAUAUGCUCUUGUCCUAUCUAUUCCUUCUCUCCGUCUUUGUUGCCAUGACAAAUCAACCUAUCAGGAAGCCCCAGACCAAUCAUCUGAAAUGUUCUAAAGAACUCUACACAGCACUAGGAAUGGAUAGUGUCAGUAAAUACUUUGAAGAAGGAGCCAGUCCUCUUGGAAGUCCAUUUGAUGAAAUAGCUGAGAGCCAACAGAGUGCAAAGGUUGAAGUGGUAGAUGAAAAUGUGAAGAAAGUAUCUGAUUACUUCACAGAAUGUCAGCCCAAGAAUGAAGAUGACAGUUUCUUCUUUGAAGAACAAGAUCACAUCCAAAACAGAGAAAUGCCUGUGUUUCCACCUACUCAUGAUUGGUGGAUUCCCCCAGGGGAAACACAAGAUGUGCUGGAUCAGCUUUAUAGUGGUUCUUUAACAAAAUCUAGUGUAGAAAAGAGCAAACUCUCAAACCCUAAAGUCAGUCAGGAAUCUGAAUUAAGUGAUCCAGUAAAGGAUCUAGCAGCAACUUUUCUGAAUGUGACUGAGGACCAGAGAACAAAGUUGCCAACAUUAGACUCUGUGACUCAAGAUGACAGGGGGUUGUUUACUUUGAUUGAAGCCGGUUGCUAUGCCUCUGCUGUGAAUCUUAUUCAUCGACUUCUUUCCAUGUAUGGUCAAGGUGCAAAGCAUGGAACCUACCCCAGUAGGCAUACACCUCAUUCUAUUCAACUGUGGUACAUAAGACUGCUCCUGCUUGUUCGGCUACGUCAGUACUCUGUAGCAUACAAUGAAGCAGAAGCAUUUGGGAACUUGUGUAGUCCAGAUCUUCACUAUGAGUGGUGCCCUGAGCUGCAUGGAAAUAAGAGAGGAUCUCUAGUUCCAUUUGGAAUGAGGAUUCUGGUUUUUCUUAUGCCUGCCCUAGUUGGGCAUUAUACAUCUGCACUGAACAAGCUCUGUCAGCUUCAACAAAAUGUUCUUAAGGUUUUGAAGAAAGUUGAAACUGAUUAUGAUGGACCAUCCAAGAGUGAUGCUGUUGAUCUCUGGAAAAAGAGAGAAGAACAAGUUCUGUAUGCCAUAACCAACUGUGCAGUCAUUCACAGAGACUAUUUGACUGCCAUUCGUCAACUCCAGAAGAUUUUGGACAGAAAAGAGGAUAAUUGCUCAGAAGUCCAUCAAGCACUGGCUUAUGUGUACCUGCAACAGGGAGACCUGAAGAGUGCACAAAGACAUUUUUCCAUCAGUAACUGCAAUCAAGAUAUGAAUGAGGCAAUCAAGGCCCUUUGUCAGCAUGCUUUCAGUGAUGCUUGCUCCAAAUUUGCCUCUAUGUCGCAAGAAAAGCCUUCAAAUGCUGUGAUACUGAACAACCUAGCUGUGUGUCAGUUGUACAAAGGUUCCCUCAAUGAAGCUGUUCAGACAUUUGAAGGAGGUGUGCAGAAGAAUCCAGAGAAAUUCCUCCAUGAAGUAGUCACUCUCAACCUGUGCACCAUGUAUGAACUGCAGUGCUCCCAGAGCUUGAAAAAAAAGCAAGCUCUUCUAGAGGGCAUCUACAAGCACAAGGGUGAUGGGUUUCACACCCCAUCCCUCAAGCUGCAGCAGUAGCUGACAUUGUCGAGUUGCAUGUCCUCAUCCAUGGAUAUCUACAUAUUCCAUUUUCAGAAGAUAGUUAAACUGUCUCAGGUUUGAUCCUCCCCCCGCUGCCACUCUUUGUCCCAUGGUCUUUGUGUUUACAGAAUGAAUUUAUUUAUUUGGAAAGAGAUAAACCCUC